AGGAAGUGUUUCCUGAACAAUGUACCAUGUGUAUUAGGAGCAGAUAACAAUUAGAUCACAUUAUCCAUAUGGUGACAGAGUGAGAAUGGGUUAGACUUUUUUUCCUGAGAAGCUGAGACAUAAAAUGGAACGAGAAAGAGGUAGUCGUGAGUGGGAUUGGAGCUGCCCUCAUACCCGUAGACACCUUGAAGACCUAUUUUUUGGUGAGUGUGGAUACAUCAAGGCCGGCUCACAAGAAAGCAAAGAAUUCUGGUUAUUUUUUGACCGAUUCCAAAGGUUCCAGAAUCAAUUGAAAAAAAGCAAAAUAAAUAAAGACCGAGAAUUCGAGGAUGAAAAGAAGUCGAAGGUUAUUGACCUUCCCAAAGAAUAUGACCCAAGGUAUCGUAUUAAUGUGUCCAUCGUCCUCAGCAGGGAUGUGGAGAGAGCGGUUCAUGGACACCAUAGAGAGAAAGGACAUAGGUCAAGAGAUUGUGCAGAUCUGCCUACAGAGAAACUGGCCGAGUUUAAGAAAUCAAUCCUUCAUUAUCUGGACUUUACUCAGAAACAGAGCUUUGGGAAGCUGGCCAAGCUUCGGAAAGAAAGGUCAAACUUGCCAAUCUUCCAGUACAGGGAGAAGAUUAUUCAUAUGGUGAGGGAUCACCAAGUGGUGGUGGUGGCAGGAGACACCGGAUGUGGAAAGUCCACUCAGGUACCACAGUACCUGUUAGCAGCUGGAUUUGGGCACAUAGCUUGCACUCAACCCCGUAGGAUAGCUUGUAUUUCGUUAGCUAAGAGAGUUGGUUUUGAAAGCCUCAAUCAAUAUGGUUCAAAGGUUGGCUACCAAAUCCGUUUUGAAAGUAGCCGGUCUCCUGCUACGAAGAUUGUUUUCUUGACUGAGGGCCUCCUCCUUCGCCAGAUUCAGAAGGACUCAGAGGUGCCGGCUUACCAGGUCCUUAUUGUAGAUGAAGUUCACGAGCGACAUCUUCACAGUGACUUUCUGUUGGGCGUCUUGCGCCGGAUUCUGCCACUGCGACCUGAUCUGAAGGUCAUCCUAAUGUCAGCUACCAUCAACAUUAAGCUCUUCUCUGGUUACUUUGACCAGGCUCCCGUCCUGCAAGUUCCAGGGAGACUUUUUCCUAUACAGGUGAUCUACCAGCCAGUCCCUCAGGAAGAGGCAGCAUCGAAAACCGAGAAGCUGGAUCCAAGGCCGUUUUUGCGAGUGUUGCAGGCCAUCGAUCACAAGUAUCCAGUUGACGAGCGAGGAGACCUUUUGAUCUUUCUGAGUGGGGUGACUGAGAUUAGCAGCGUGUUAGAAGCUGUGCAGGUCUACGCUACUCACACUCAGCGCUGGAUUGUUCUCCCACUUCACAGCACUCUUUCCCUCGUUGAACAAGACAAGGUGUUUGACUUAGCGCCACCUGGUGUCAGAAAAUGUAUAAUUUCCACCAAUAUCGCUGAAACCUCUGUCACGAUAGAUGGGGUGAGAUUUGUACUUGACUCAGGCAAAGUUAAGGAAAUGAGUUUUGAUCCGAAAGCGAAAAUGCAGCGUCUGCAAGAAUUCUGGAUCAGCCGGGCGAGUGCAGAACAAAGGAAGGGCCGUGCUGGCCGGACAGGCCCUGGCGUGUGUUACAGGCUCUACGCCGAGUCCGAUUAUGAUGCUUUUGCCCCGUAUCCUGUUCCAGAAAUUCAGAGAGUGGCCUUGGAUGCUUUGGUUCUCCAGAUGAAGAGUAUGGACCUUGGGGAUCCCCGCUCCUUUCCAUUUAUUGAACAACCCCCCAUGUCAAGCAUAGAAACCGCCAUUUUGUAUUUGCGAGAUCAAGGAGCUCUAGAUGCCAACGAGGAGCUGACGCCCAUCGGGAAGCUGCUGGCCAAACUCCCUGUUGAUGUUGUGAUCGGAAAGAUGCUUAUAUUGGGGACACUUUUCAGCCUUUUGGAGCCAGUGCUGACUAUUGCCUCAGCUCUUAGUGUGCAGUCUCCCUUCCUCCGCUCCGCCACAAACAAUCCAGAGUGCGCCACUGCCCGAAAACCCCUGGAGAGUGACCAAGGAGACCCCUUCACUCUGCUUAAUGUCUUCAAUGAGUGGAUUCAGGUAAAAUCCAGUCGAAGCAGUAACUCCAGGAAAUGGUGUCGUCGGCGGGGACUGGAAGAGCAACGUUUGUACGAGAUGGCCAACCUGCGGCGUCAGUUUAAGGCGCUGCUGAAAGACCACUGGAUGCUGGAAGAAAGCGGCGUUCCCACCAGGGAUCGCCAUAGCCGACAGCGACAGCACAGAGAACGCAAGGAGCUGCACCAACUGAAAAGGCAACACGAUCGCUCGGAGAAACAAAAACGCAAAGUGCUCAAACUGCAGGACCAGGAUGGGGGAUCUUCCAGUGAUGGAGAGGAGCGGUCCCAUGCUGAUGGCACAGAAAGCGUGGACAUUCAGGAUGUAAAGUUUAAGCUGCGGCACAAUGUGGAGGAACUUUGUGCGUCUAGUACCGGCCAGGAGCUUUCAGGUUCCCAGCUGUCCCUGCUCAAGCUUAUCGUGUGUCAUGGACUGUACCCCCAACUGGCAGUGCCCGACAGUUUCAACAGCUGCCGCAAAGACUCCGACCAGGUUUUCCACACAAAGAGUAAACAAGGAAUAGUUGUCCACCCCACCAGUGUCUUCUCCAGUAAUCCUGAAAUUCUUCAUGUUGACAGCGUCCAAGAAGAAAUGGCCGUAGCAGAAGAGAAUUCUGUAGACAAAGAAGGCAAAAAACUGAAUCCUUUAGACUCCAGGAGGAAAGGACAGAGCACCAAGCAUCAGAUUGUGGGGUUUGUGUCCCUUCUGGAGACUAAUAAGCCUUACCUAGUAAACUGCAUGCGAUUGCCAGCUCUGCAGGGUUUCUUGCUCUUGUCUCGAUCUUUGGAUACGAGCGCUGACUGCUGCCGCAUUGUGUGCGAUAGUUGGAUGGAGAUAGACAUGAUGGAUCCUGAGGCGGCAUUGCGUCUAAUCUCCGAAGCUGUGCGUCUCAGGUUGGCCUGGGAGAAGCUGCUGAAAUCGAGACUAGAAAAGACAUCCAGUGUAGAGGAUUUGCAGAGAGGAGAUGAUCGGAGGAAGAAGAAAGAGAUUGAUCGCUUGGGCUACGAUUUAGUGGAUUACAUGAGAUCAGAGGUAGCUUACAGUAUGAGAAGACUGGCCGCAUUGGAGACACAGAACCUGUACGUUGGACCCCAGACUGUAGUUUCCACUCCCGCCUUGCCUGGGGUGUUUGGUAAUGUGGAUAUGAAGUUAGACCCUGUGAAAGGAGGCUAUCGAGCCACCAGCUUCCUGACCUAUAACUGUUUAUUGAACGACACUGACUUUUACAGCGACUGUCUGCGUUCGUUCUGGACGUGUCCCAACUGCGGCCUCUACAUGCCGUUCACGCCCGUAGAGCGAAUGAGUCACCAAAACUCCUGCAUUGAAGAGGAGAGCGUAGCGGAAAAUGAGGAGCAGAACAACGAAAUGGCGGCUGUGACUGCUCUACACCGAAACUUCCACUGCGACAUCUGCCAGAAGGAUCUGAUGAUGACCAGCACGGAAAUCUUACGUCACAAGAAACAGCAUUUGAGUGAAACAAAUUCUUAAGCGGAAUAAUCUGUGCCCUGUAAACGGACCUGAUCUCUAACCUGGACCUGUGAAUAAUCUCUCAAGGUCGCCAAACAUUUU